AUGAGCAGAUACAGGGGGUAUUCCGAUGACGAGUCAGAUCUCGACAUCCGUGUUGAGCACCGCCAUGUUUCCCCUCGUCGUACUCCUAUUGCUCAUUACGUCGAUCCCCGCUCGUCUCGUCCCCGUUUUGAUCCCAGCCCGCGCCCCGAGGACCGUUUCCUCGUCCCCGCGAACGAGCGCACAGUUGUUACUACUCGGCGCUCUGUCUCACGCGAUCGGCACUCUGAAUCCCCAGCUACUAAGGCGCCUCAGCCGCCGCCUCCUCCUCCUGUAAUCAUCAACAACCGCAUUUACAACCACUCUGACUCGGAAUCAUUAUCUGACUCCGACUCCGAGCGGGAGUACAAGGUCUCCCGAUCUAGAUCUCGUCGUCGUGGGCAUUCACGUGCCUCUUCCGGACACUCCCGCGAACUGGAGCGCGAACUGGAGCGCGAACAUGAUCGUGAUCGCUUCGCGCUGGAGCACUUGCGCCAGAACUAUGAGCACGAAAUGGAAGUCCAGCGUCGCGAGUACGAGCUCGAGCACACUCGGAAGGAGCUUCAGGAGCUAAAGUUAGCUUCUCAGAUCGAAGAAGAGGAAAAACGUCGGAAUCGAUCUUACCAGGAAGAGCGCGAGCUACGCGAGGCCAAGAAGGAGCUGGACGAGAUCAGGCGAGCUAAGGAACAAGACGAAUAUGAGCGCCGCGUCAAACAGAAGCUGGAGUAUGAUCGACUCAAGGCAGAAGAGGCUGCUCUCGAAGAGAAAAGACGCCGCGACAAAGAGGCCAAGGAGAUCAUCGAUAAGUACAAGAAGGAUGAAGCCGAUCGGAGACUGAGAGAGAAGCAGGAGGCUGAGGCCCGGGAUAAGGAGUAUAAGGCUAAAAUGCAAGACCAACUGCUCAAAUCCGGCCUCGAUGAGAAGGAGAUCAACGCUAUCCUUGCCGGUCAAAAGGUCCGAAAGGAAGAGAAGGAGAAGAAAGAAAAGGAGAAGGAGAAGGAGAAACAGAAUGAGAAUACCACAUUGGUGGAAAACAACCCGCGGCCUAUCUACACACGCAUGGCCAGACGACACUUGUCGAUAGAGACUCUAAGGACCUUCAAUCUUGACUUUCAGCUUGAUCCAGAUCCCGACUACGUUUUGAUUAAGAGGUGGGUAUCAGAGCCGGAGCAGGAUAUGCUCUGGAGACACACCAAGCUCAUUCGAGAAAAGCGAUCGGGGAAACUCAUUCUGACCAUAGAGGAUAAGGAGAAACGACACCACCAUCAUCAUCUUGAACCCGAGUUCGAAUGGGUCCGCAAAAAGGAGCGAAGGCGGAGCCGAUCCCCUUCUCUAUUGAUGUACUUGGCUGGAGGAAGGCCAUCAUGA